GGUCAGUUGACUUCCCUCCUGCUUACCACAAACGCUGCUAGUGUUGGCUGCUGCGCGCCUGGCAACACCCAUUGUUUGCGUCGUCUCAUCUCUGGAGGAAAACCUGCACAGCCUGAGGUGAAGGGUACACAACAGUAUGGAAUCACCCAAAGAAGCUCGACCACCGCCUCCUUCCUGGAUCAAUCAAAAAUUCAUAGAAUCUGUAAUGAUAAAUAAAGUUGGAAAACAAGUUUCUGUAGAUUCAAUUAAAGUACAGUACGCUUGUCCGGAAGGAGUUGGCUAUACAAGUUUGCUGUUCAGAGUAACUGUCCUUCUGAAGGGGGAAGACAACGAACAAGAGGAGAAAAAGGAAUCACUACUAGUCAAAACUGUUCUUGAUUUUGGUCCGAUGAAGGAAUUGAUGGAAAAUUGUCAGGUGUUCAGAACAGAGACGCAGAUGCUGCAUGAGGUGCUGCCGCAGACCCACAAAAUCUUGGCGUCGUUGGAGGGCGAGGACUUUCAGCCGCUGACAGCUAGCUGCUACGACGGGGGUCAGCAGCCGGCAGACUUCCUUGUGCUGGAGGACCUGUCAACAGCCGGCUUCAGGAUGGCUGAGGGGGGACGGCCUCUGGACUACCAGCACUGCAAGAUGGUCCUCCGAGCAUACGCCAGAUUACAUGCCGCCUCGGCGUUUCUACUCGACAAACAGCCCCAUUACAAGAGCGUGUUCGCUAGCAGUACGUUCACAGACAAGCGUACUCAGGACUAUUUCAGAUCAAUAGGAUCUAAGAUCAUGUCUGCACUGGCAGAUGAAGUGAACAAGUGUCCAGGGUAUGAAAAGUAUGCUGGAAAAUGCCGGGGAUUUAUAGACCGAUAUGCUGACAGUAUAUUCCAAUUAUUUGAGCGAAUGAAGGAGGAGACCAAGCUACCCGUACUGGUCCAUGGUGACUGUUGGAAGAACAACGUGAUGUUUAAGUACGUGGAGGGAGCACUGUCAGAUGUCAGAUUUGUUGACUUUCAGGUGUCUUACGUGACCAGCCCGGCCUCGGACCUGCAGUACUUCUUGUACGCGAACGCCAGUGAAGAGGUCCACCGCCACCACAUGGAUGACCUUCUGUGCGAGUACCACAACACGCUGUCGGGCAUCCUACGGUGCCUGGGUAUGCAGCAGGAAGCUGAGGUCUUCACUUUAGAGGAGAUAAAACGGGACAUGGACCACUGUCUAGUUAUGGGAUUUCUCUUCAGCUGCAUGAGCGGCUUUGCUCUUACUUCCGAAAAGUACGGUGUGGAAUACGUGAAGGCAUUCAACGACCCAGAGCACGCCGACGAAGCUCUCGCAAAGAUCUUCAAGAAUCCUUAUUCGUUAUCCUACGUGAAAUACCUGAUGCCAAUUUUUGACAGUAAAGGAAUUUUAUGACAAUUUGUAGCACGUAUAGCUAUUAAGAUUCAAAUAAUCUAACUUUGUAAAUUUCUGCCUUAGACGUUCUUCUAUCUCACUGUAGACUAUGAGUAAGUGGGUAUGAUGAACUUCCAGGGGCGUGCCAACUGUGUUACGUGAUUAAUUUGCAUUUAUUUCUUGAGGAUUUGUAUUUAAGUAGUAGAGCAACUCUCGUACUCCAAAAGCCCUUUAAAAUAUGCUUGGUAUUUUUUUAUUCCAUGGAUUAUUUUUGAAUAUAUUGAUAUUGAGCGAGUUCUGAUGAAAUAAUUACAAACAUUUCUGUCCUUUAUGAAUCCUUCAACAGUUGUCGAAAAGAUAUAGCGACAUUUCUUAUGCUGGUGAGCACUGGUACAACAGUAAUCGUGUACUGAGUAACAGAGUAAAUCCUACGUUGUAUGUCAAUCAUUCAAGGCGAAAGUUAGGGAGAGUGUUGUACCUGGAGGGUAGUGUAUCUAGGAACACAGUCCUGGUCGGCGGUUUAAUCUAGUGACUGAGUUUAGAAACCGAAGGACUGUGCACUAGAAACCGUCAUAAAUGCUUCCGGCAUUUUCCACUGUUUUUGUUAUCGUGAGAACAUGAGAUUGUGCUCUGUAUGCAGCGUUUAUAAAUAUUAAGAAUUCUACAUAUUUGUAGGCAUAAUACACAUUUAAUGGCUAUUGUUAAUUCAGUAACAGAGUUUUACACUGAGUAAAAUGCUGUAUAUUCUCAAAACCAGUCAUGUAACAUGUGGAUAGUGAAGCCGUACAUAGUCGGUCGUGCACCAUCUUGUACUUUGAAACGUAAUAAGAUCUUGUACCAUGGAAAAGUGGUAUUUGGAAGUGAACGGAGUUCCUUUCGUGUCUUAUCAAUCUUCACUCUCUUGAAAAUGGAAAUCUGUGUUCACUGUCAAUAGCUUCUAUUUCAACAUAUUAUUAAAUUAUAACUGGUUCCUACUAAUACUUCUUAAUUUGAUUUCACUUACAGAGUACUGAUGUGAAGUAGAGUAAUAAUGUAACACAAAGGCUAUUGAAAACAGUACUGACAGUACCUUCCCGAAACACUUUUAAAUUUGAAUAGAAUAUUUGGUCCUUGGUUACAUCACCAUGUUGUACCUUGGAAUAGUGUUUUAUAUUUAAACAAACGUUAUUUUUCCGGAGUAAUUAUUUUUAAUUUCAGAAAAAAUGCAGGACAUAUUAACUGAAUGCUAUCAUUUCAUAAUGGAAUAAGAAAAUAUAUCAAACUUCUAUUACAGGGGUGACUGGAGGCGAAAGGCUGAAAAUGUUCCAACGCACAACACUCUCCCCUAUUGCUUAGCAGGCACAACAUUCACUGCCACCAAGUA